AUGGGCGCUUCCAAGAUACCCGCAGAAGACAUUGACACUAUCUUGAGUCACAUUAUACCACAUAUCAAACAACAUAUCACCAAACAAUCAACAUGUCCAACCAAAUCUCCCUUCGUCCUUGCCCUAACGGGUCUACAGGGCAGCGGCAAAUCCACAUGGACCGAUGCGCUUGCUAGCACUCUCGGCAACAAACACAAUUACAAAACAAUCAAUCUCUCCUUGGAUGAUCUAUAUCUCGACCAUGACGAUCUCACCAAGCUUCGAGAAACAAAUCCAUCUAAUAAGCUCCUUCAAGCGCGUGGACAACCCGGAACACAUGAUACAACUUUAUCGGUAUCCUUCUUCAGAAGUCUGAUCGACUCAAAAGAGAUAUCGAUUCCGUCUUUCGAUAAGAGUUUAUUCAAUGGAGAAGGUGGAAGAGCCCCAUCACCUCAAUGGGAGACUAGAGCCACACGCGACAUUGAUAUCGUUCUUUUCGAAGGGUGGUGUGUUGGGUUUCAGCCUCUUGCCGAAGAAAAGGUCCAGUUGCGAUGGGAAGAAGCGGGGGAAGCUACAUCUGGGCCAGCGUAUCCGACAGAUACACUGAAGGAACAUGCUGUUGAGCAUCUUCUGGGUAUGAAUAAAAGCCUUCGACAAUACUGCGAAUUAUUCAUGGGGCCGAAACAUUUCAAUUACCUGCUUCAUUUGGAUACGGAUGACUUGGUCAAUGUGUAUGGAUGGCGUAUGGAACAGGAGCGUGCUCUAAGGCAGUACAAAAGUGCAGGUAUGACUGAUGAUGAGGUUCUCAAAUUUGUGAGAGGAUAUAUGCCUGCAUAUGAGCUAUAUCUGAAUCAGUUGCGAAAGGGAUUGUUUGCUGGUAUAGAAGGAAAGGGGCAGUUGUGUGUAGUUUUGGAUCAGGGAAGGAAAAUAAUCGCGAUAAAGUCUGUCGCAUGA